UCAUUACAAACGCACUGCAACUUCAAAGAAAAAGCAUGGCUUCUGUUGAGGGCACCGUGUCGCAUUUACAGGUGAAAUUCUUCACCAAACAACCCCAAUUUUCUGUGCCAGACAACCCAUUCUCUGUUCCUUCGAGCUGUGGAUUGAAGGAGCUAAGUGACCUGAUAAAUGGGUUACUCCAGUCAGCUGGAACUGGUGGCCUGCAUCCUACUGAGUUUGAUUUCUUGGUCGAAGGACAAUUCUUGAGGACAACACUUGAAAAACACAUUGAACAAACGGAAAGAUCUACAGAAGAAGUCCUUGAACUAGAAUACUUGGAGAGACAGCCUGCACCUGCCCCGCAAGACUCGCUUCAACAUGAUGAUUGGGUUAGCUGUUUACAUGCACAGGGGGAGCAUAUCCUUAGCGGUUGCUAUGACAACACAGUCAAGUUAUGGACAAGCAGAGGGGACAUUAUCCUGACGAUACCUGGACACUCGGCACCUGUCAAGUCGAUAUCGUGGAUUGCCCAGGAUGAAGCGUCAAGCACUUUCCUGAGUGGGUCACAUGAUCAGACGAUCCUUAUAUGGGAAUGGAACCGGACGACCAAUGCGAUGGAAUGUCUGUACAUGUGUAAAGGUCACGCUGGAAGCAUCGAUUGCCUGGCUGUGGACGAGACAAAGUCACGGUUCUGCAGUGGUUCAUUCGACCGCAUGAUCAAGAUCUGGGCGGCCGGUAAAGGGGGGUCCGAUGAGAUGGUGGAGGAGGACGAAGGGCAUCAGAAAAAGAAGAAGAGAACAGACGGACAGAAGGUCCCUACGAGGGUUCCCCUGAUGACCCUAUCUGGUCACAAGGAAGGUGUGGCAGCGAUUCAGUGGUUAAGUUCAAGUGAGAUCUGCUCUGCGUCGUGGGAUCAUACGAUGAAAUUAUGGGAUGUGCAACAGGGCGUUGAAAAGUCUGUGUUGGCUGGUACCAAAGUGUUCCUGGAUAUUUCCUAUUCGCCCCUCAACAGAAUGAUAAUCUCUGGUUCUGCGGACAGACACGUUAGAUUAUGGGACCCAAGAAUAAGAGAUGGUGCAGUAGUAAAGUGCACAUAUACAUCACACACUGGCUGGAUAUCCAGCGUAUCAUGGUCACCGAUUAAUGAACAUCUAUUCAUCUCGGGAUCUUACGACACUGUCAUGAAACUCUGGGACACCAGAAGUCCGAAGACACCAAUGUACAACAUGACCGGCCACGAGGAUAAGAUAAUGGCAGUUGAUUGGUCGCUACCAGAUCUCAUGCUAAGCGGAGGCGCAGACAAUGAAAUCAAAAUAUUCAGAUAUUCGACUGUGCCGGGAAGCAGCUGAGGAGAACGUACACUUUUGACAGAAAAUAUAUGAUUGCUGGUCGCUCACAACAACUUUUAUAACAGUGACUGGGUGGGUGAUAACUCGGAAGUUAGGUUUCUCCUGUACACAAUACAUGAGAUUCACCAGGCAGUCACUCAGAACGUUGUCAUGCUACUCAGUCUUUGAGAAGCUGUACAAAAGCUCUUAUGCAGUUACGUCUUAUCAAAACUUUUCUCUGGGGAUCUGAAGAGGGUAUGUGUGGAGUGACUUCAGUAAUGAAGGUGUUAAGCAGUGCUAUUUCCACAGAGGUUUCCCAUGAUUUGUAUGUGGGGAAAAGUAGAAAGUACUACCGAAGUGAUGUUUGUUGAUACCUGUAAUGUCUGUUGGGUUCUGUUAUUCACAUUACCACAAUAAAAGUACAAAAUGUGAAAAUCA